AUGUGUAACUUAAAUGAAGAAUUAGACACAGAGGGCAUUUUAGAGUUAUUAGUUGAAAUCAAAAUCUCAAAGAUAGGAUUUGGGUCAAAUGGACGCAGUCUUAUUUUAAGAAAUUCUAAAGAUAACAAUCUACAUCAUUUAUUUGAUGUAAGCGAACUUUAUGGUGUGCAUACAGUAAACAGUGCAGGAGAGUUGAUUUAUGUAGACAAAGACUGGAACAUUAACAAACUAAGUGCAGACAAUUCUAAAAAGUUGACACUAAUAAAGAGAACAGAACGAUGGGAACCAUGGUUACACUACAACCAAUCCAAACCAUACAAUACCACAAAAAAAGGCAAACCGUUAUAUCAUGAACCAGUCUACAUCACGGAGAACCGGAAUGAAGAUAUUGUCGUGUCUGAUAUAGGAAAGGGUGUGGUGGUCACAGACCGUGAAGGAAAAUAUCGUUUUACUUACACAGGGCCACCAGAAGGAUUAUCAUUAUUUAUGCCUUGUGGAAUCUGUGUAGAUGCAUUCUUAAAUAUCCUGAUCUGUGGUCGAUUAGACCAAACAAUACAAAUGAUUAACAAGGACGGUCUCCUACUGUCAAUUCUACCAACAGAACAAGAUGGAAUGGUUCAGCCAUUGGGACUGGGAUAUGAUGGAAAAAAUCAUCUUGUUUGGAUGGGAUCAGGAAAGACCAACAGACUGUGCGUAUACAGAUAUAUAGAACGACAAGAUUAUCUUGCAUAA